AGGUUUGAAACAUGUCAAAGUGAGAGAGUGCCAGCCUUCAGACUCCAAUCAAGCUACGGCAGUCGGCAGGGGCAAAUUUAGUCCGAAGUUGUACGGCAUAACAAUGGAACAUGGCAGGACUGCCUAGGGCUAUACAGUCAAUCAUUCCAGGCUCUCUUCUUCCGUCCCUCCCAACCAUUCUCCCGAAAUUUUCCCAAGCCCCAGUGACUGCAAGUAAAGAUUUUCGUAAACUUUGUAAUUGUCCUGUGAUCUAAGUUCGUAAUCAAACAACAUCCACCACUGAGAAGUGGGUUAUGCCCGCAAUGGAGCCGUCAAAUUCGAAUGAUAAUUCAGCUGAACAGUUUAAACUCGAAGCUAAUGAAGCAUUCAAAGCCCAUAAGUAUACGCAUGCUAUUGAUCUCUAUACACGAGCAAUAGAGCUGAACUCUGAGAAUGCCGUUUAUUGGGCUAACCGUGCUUUCGCUCAUACCAAAUUGGAGGAGUAUGGUAGCGCUAUUCAGGAUGCUACUAAGGCUAUUGAGAUAAACCCUAAAUAUUCCAAGGGUUACUAUAGACGAGGGGCUGCCUACUUAGCAAUGGGGAAGUUUAAAGAUGCACUCAAGGAUUUUCAACAGGUCAAGAAAAUAUGCCCAAACGACCCUGAUGCUGCAAAGAAAUUGAAGGAAUGUGAGAAGGCAGUGAUGAAGCUCAAGUUUGAAGAUGCAAUUUCAGCUCCUCAAUCUGAAAAGCACUCAGUUGCUGAUUUCAUUGAUUACCAUUCCAUAGAAGUGGAGCCACACUAUACUGGUCCAAGGAUAGAGGGAGACAUUGUAACUAUAGAUUUUGUGAAGACAAUGAUGGAGGAUUUCAAAAAUGAAAAGAAUUUACACAAAAGGUAUGCAUACCAAAUUGUGUUGCAGACAAGAGAAAUGCUCAGAUCAUUGCCCUCACUUGUUGACAUUAAUGUUCCUCAGGGGAAGCAUUUCACUGUAUGUGGCGAUGUACAUGGUCAGUUCUAUGACCUUUUAAAUAUUUUCGAGCUCAAUGGUCUUCCAUCUGAAGAUAAUCCGUACCUCUUCAAUGGUGACUUCGUUGAUAGAGGAUCUUUCUCUGUUGAAGUCAUAUUGACUUUAUUUGCUUUCAAAUGCAUGUGCCCAUCAGCUAUGUAUCUUGCUCGAGGAAAUCAUGAAAGCAAAAGCAUGAACAAAAUAUAUGGGUUUGAGGGAGAGGUCAAGUCCAAACUUAGUGAAAAGUUUGUAGAACUUUUUGCUGAAGUAUUCUGCUGCUUACCCUUGGCUCAUGUGAUAAAUGAAAAGAUCUUUGUUGUUCAUGGAGGCCUUUUCAGUGUUGAUGGUGUCAAGCUCUCGGAUAUAAGAGCGAUCGACCGGUUUUGUGAGCCACCAGAGGAGGGAUUGAUGUGUGAGCUGUUGUGGAGUGAUCCGCAACCCAAUCCCGGAAGAGGUCCCAGUAAACGAGGUGUAGGUCUUUCAUUUGGUGGGGACGUCACAAAACGAUUUUUGCAGGACAAUAAUCUUGACUUAGUUGUGCGAUCCCAUGAAGUCAAAGACAAGGGCUACGAAAUUGAUCAUGAUGGGAAACUCAUCACAGUUUUCUCUGCUCCAAACUACUGUGAUCAGAUGGGUAAUGAAGGAGCUUUUAUUCGUUUUGAAUCCCCCGCUCUUAAGCCAAAUAUUGUUACAUUUUCAGCAGUGCCGCACCCUGAGGUCAUGCCAAUGGCCUAUGCCAACAACUUCCUCAGAAUGUUCUCAUAGUAGGAGGCUCUGGCCAGAUUAAAGUAUAUGGCCAAUGUCAAUACAAUAGAGGAAAGGAGAUCAAAGGAAGAAUGCGCUUUUGUAGAUCUGGUCAUCAAUAGAAUAUUUGUGGAUUUGUUGGAACUGCGAGUAAGAAUACAUGAUUAGCUUUGUCUGUUUAGCUUUGUCUGUUUAGGUGUCUGUUUAGGAAGAAUGCGCUUUUGUAUAAUCAUGUCUGUUGGUUGGAUGUGUAAGAUUGUUGUCUUCCUAUUUCCUUUUAUGAACCCAAAUUAAUUAUCAAAAUGAUAUUUUUGACUAAUCACACUACUAAUUAUCAGCAGGCAGAUAUUAACUUAGAUAAUCA